CUGCUGUUUUUUUCCCAUGGGAAUACAAUUCCUGAAAAGACUUGCACCUGCACCUGUUGACUACAACACACAUUCACGCGCGCGCGGUGGAUGUAUGUAGAGUGAGAGUCUUGUUGCCAUGACGACGUCCAACAAGACUGUGAGCUUCCAGCCAAACAUUUUCAUACUAACGUUAGCAUGUGUUUUACUAUUAUCUAAGGUUCAUUUUCACAUUUAUACAAAACGCGCUGUGCUUAACUUAGCAGAAUUGCAAUAAUUGGAAUUAGCUGGACGAAUAUAGUGAACCAAAGCUGAUCCGGUCGUCUUCUCGUGAAAUCACAUGAUCUCGGAAGGAGUCAAAUAUUAUCUUGAAAAUGUUUAAAAAUGAAUAUCAGGGAGGGCCUGUGGUGGAAAUAUUCAGUGCACAAGGGAAGGAUCCUGUGGCAAAAUGGAAACUGUCUGGUGGACCUGCAGGAAUAAGUAAAGAGUUUGAUAAGGAGGUUAAGGGAUUUGUCUACAGCUUGGAGGGCAGCAGUCAAACAAACAGGAUGCAGAUACCACGUGACAGCAAAAUGGCUCUUGGACUGGUUCAGAAGUUCUUAGUCCUCCAAGUGAAGGUCCCUCUUGGUAAGGAUUUCUGUACAGAGCUUUUGAUAACUGAUGCAGGUCAUCUGAAGAGAAGAUUGUACUUGUCAACAGUCCACAAGGAAGUUUCUGCAACUCCUCUUCAUGCCAGAAUACCUCUAACAAGUCUUGCUCGCAAUGUUUGGUGCAACAUGUGCAUUGAUGUGAGCUCGUUCACCCGUGAGAUGUUCAAGGGAGCAGUGUUUUUGUAUUUGGAUGGAAUUAGCAUAUCAGCCUCAUGCAAGGUCAGACGGAUCUUCACUAUGAAAACACAGCCCCUGGACUCAGACAGAGAUCUUUACAUCUAUAGAAAUGGAGUACUGGAUGAAAUUCCCAGGGGCUGCCAAUUUCCCACAGAAGUUCAGCACAUCACCCAAGUCAUCAACAUGAAGAACCUUGCUGUCUCCGACAUUAGGACUGGCCCUUUGAAAACAGACUCUGAACAGACAGGCCCAGCCAGUGCCAGGGCCACCAGUGCCCGCAGUGCCACCAGUGCCCGCAGCACAAAGAGCCAGGACCCGUCCCAUGUAGCCUUUGGCUCCAGAGUUGCAGGCCCACCCCCACCCACUGGGAAGAAAAACAACCCAGCAUCCAGCAGGCACGAGGACAAGGCUCCAACGGACCAUAAUGGGCUCUCAGGCAGAUCUAGGAAGUUUCAGCCACGCCCACCUCCAGACAGGGCAGCAUCUGAACGAACUCAAACCAGGAGACCUCAGAUGCACAGUGCUGGGAGGGAAAGACCUGUCCUAACAGGUGGUGUUGUAGAAGGAGGAAUUCUACCUCACCCUCAGAAACAGGAGGAUGUGGUUUACCAAGCCCCUGCUUUUCAUCUGAAACACCAUUCCAUCGGCCAUGACAGAGCAGAUGCUUCAGAGGAUGAGGUGACAUCGCUCUGCUCUUUAGAGGACGGCUGUCUGGACGACUCUGACCAGGAAGCCGGCCCGCUCGAUGACGAGCCCGACCGGCUGUCUGUCCCCCGUGAGUUAUCGGCGCCUCUAUCGGCCCCAGUGGCUCCAGGGGAGGGGGGUGACAGUGACGUGAGUGACAAAGAAGAACCACGGUUUGUCUUGGAAGCAGAGGAGGCGGAAGAAGAGAAGGAGGGGGAAGAGGAGGAGGUGUUCACUUUCUCCUCACGGCCUCACUCAGCCAGGCGGGUGCAGGGCCUCUGUAACAGCGUCCAGGAUGCGACCUUUGACCUGAGCGCUCUGUGUGAAGAUGAUGGAGGCGUGCGCAAAGAAGCACGACCCGAGGAUGACUUUAUUGGCAGUGAGAGUGAGGAGGAUGAUGCCUACCCCAAGUUCCUUCUUCAGAGAGGUGCCGUGCACUCCAGCCCAGCUCCCCGUGACUCGCCGGGCCCAUCCCACUCAGGGCCGAACUCCCCCAGCAAGUCACCUACGGAGCCACGCCAAAUGGGUCCAGACGCUGCAGGACCAGCUCACUCACCUGGGGUCACGGACGGGUCGAGGAGACCUGACCACAGCAGCGUGGCCCCGACCCGCUGCCAGUCACCCAGCGUUCCCAGGCAGGGCCCCAGACUGGAUCAUCCCAGCGCAGGGAAAAGGGGCCCAGAUGGAGACUGUAGGAUGUCACUGAGCAAGAGGUCUCUCCGAGAAAUACCCCCAGAGGACUGGAGGUAUCAGAUGGGCGAUGGAAGCCGGCCAAAUGUCUCGGUCUCAAGCAGCCGUGACCUGCACAAACUUGGGGAAGAGGAAGAGGAGGAGCUGCGCAUGCUGGCCAGCCUGUGCCGAGAGCAGACGGAGGAGGACGAGCAGGAGGACGGCCGUGGCCACAGGCUGAGCGCCUCCCAGCAGCGCCGCUGCAACGUGAGCCUCAGCAUCAGCAGUGAUGACACCACCACCUGGACCCAGUGCUACCCUGUGCCAGCCAAUCAGGGCCAGUACUACCAGAAAGAGAUGAAUCCUCUUCUACAUUCCAAUCCCAGGGAAUGGAUGGAUGUGCUCAGCCCUCCCAUUAUCCCUCCUAGCCAGCAAAGAGCAAAGGCCAAAGAUGACCUCUGCAAGGUCACAAAUGAAGGGGUUAAAGAUGAUGGGUGCGAUGAUGAGUUUCUCAACUUACUGUAUGAUCCAAGCCUUAACUGUUACUUUGAUCCCCAGUCUGGAAAAUACUAUGAACUGGCCUGAUUGUGAGUGUAACUACAAUGUGUGUAUGUAGAGUAUGAGCUGUAUAUGAGUAAUAACCUAAUAUUGUCAAAAUCCAGUUGACACAUUGUUUCCUAAUACUGAUGAAAAUAAAAUCAUGAAACCAAUGGAGAGAAAAAAUCAUACAAAUCCCCCUAAGUAACUGAAUUGUAUCAAUUCAUGAUCAACUUGUAGAGAUCUAACAAAUGGUAGGAAGCUGUAUUCCUUUCACAAUUUGGUGAAUGAGUGUUCAACUCUAGCAAGACCACUUAUCUGCAUGUUGUUGUAUUAAACAAAAUAGGCUGCAAGUUUAUGUAUGAAAAAUAACAGUAAUGCUACAAAUAAAGUGUAAUAUCAAGGA